AUGGCCGUAGUGUCUGCGACAUCUAACGGCACAGUUGAAAAUUAUAGGAAGGGAUGGUUGUUAAAGCGUACACAUUUCACAUAUCGUUGGAAACUCGCUUGGUUUGAACUCAAAGACAGCUUGCUUGUAUAUGGUGAUAAUGAAAAGAGGCUUCAUAAAGCAAUCAACCUUGUUGGUGCACGAAUGGAGCCAUUGGAGGGAAACACGUCCUUUGGCUGGACCAUCACGUCAGGAGACAGCAGUCAUCGCAUAUUUUUCCUCCGUGCAAGCACAGAAGAGGAACAGCAGCAGUGGAUGGAGGCGAUCUGUGAAGCACAGCUGAGGUCUGGAGACCCUGGGCCAAAUGCCUGCGUGCUGCAGUGA